GUCAGCGUUCAGAGCAGACGACACAAGCCAGUCCCAGCGGCUCAAACUCAGAUCUGUGGAUGUGUUUUAGUCCAUGAGCUGAUCUGAACCAACUGAGUAGACGGGCCAAAACUGACCAGGAUAUUGGUAUGGAGCAGCCGAUGGACAUGGACCGUGGCUUCUUCAGGAAAGUGGACGUUCCAGAUCAUGCUCACUACAUAGUGGCGUUUUUCGUGGCUGUCAUCGGGGCAGUGGGAGUGAUCGGAAACAUGCUGGUCAUGUACGCCUUCUUCAGUAACAAGAAGCUCCGGACGCCUCCGAACUACUUCAUCAUGAAUCUGGCAGUGAGCGACUUCCUCAUGGCCAUCACUCAAUCGCCCAUCUUCUUCGUCAACUGCAUGUACAAGGAAUGGGUGUUUGGUGAAAUGGGUUGUAAGAUGUACGCCUUCUGUGGCGCUCUGUUCGGAAUCACAUCCAUGAUCAACCUUCUGGCCAUUUCCAUCGACCGCUACGUCGUGAUCACCAAGCCCCUGCAGGCGAUCCGCUGGACGUCCGGACGGCGGACGCUCAUUAUCAUCCUCCUGGUGUGGAUCUACUCUCUGGCCUGGAGUCUGGCCCCACUUAUGGGAUGGAGUUCUUACAUCCCAGAAGGCCUCAUGACGUCCUGCACAUGGGACUAUGUGACGUCCACGCCGGCCAACAAGAGCUACACCUUGAUGCUCUGCUGCUUUGUGUUCUUCAUCCCUCUUGGAAUCAUCUCUUACUGCUACUUCUUUAUGUUCCUCGCUAUUCGUAGCACAAGCAGAGAUGUGGAGAAGCUGGGCAGUCACGUGAGGAAGACGGCGCUCAUCCAGCAGCAGUCCAUCAAGACAGAGUGGAAGCUGGCGAAGAUCGCGUUUGUGGUCAUCAUCGUGUUCGUGCUGUCCUGGUCUCCUUACGCCUGCGUCACUCUUAUCGCCUGGGCAGGGUACAGUCACGUUCUCACGCCGUAUUCCAAGGCAGUUCCUGCAGUGAUUGCCAAAGCAUCAGCCAUAUACAAUCCCUUCAUCUACGCCAUCAUACGCUCCAAGUACAGAGACACACUGGCUGAGAAGGUGCCGUGUCUGCAUUUUCUGUCCCAGUCGACACGUAAAGACUGCAUCUCGGUAUCCAACAGCGAGUCGUCCUUCAAGGAGCCCAUGCUCAGCCGACAGUCAUCAGGGUCAAAGGUCAAGUUCCAGCGCGUCUCCUCUAUGUCCACUGCAGACACGGUCUGGAGUGAUGUAGAAUUAGAUCCUGUGGACCAAAAGACUCUUAGAAACUCACAUUCAGCCAGUCUGAUGAGAGAUGAGGGAUGGAAGAUGCAAACUAAACAUGGCAAGAUGAAGAACAAGAGGCCAAUGGAGGAAAACCACAGUGAAGAGAAGCCCGCAGUCACAGAAAGCGGCUCUUUGAACGAUUGUGGCCUUGACCUGGUGUCCGAGUCCAUUAACAUGGCCACCGUUCCUCUUCUCAUGGCCAAAAACACUCCUGGGGAGGAACAAGAGGAAAAGGAGGAGGAACGAGAAGACAGCAAUCCUCCGAGCCCCCUGAACAACGGUCUGGCUUUUUACGAAGACGCGGAGGAGCCAGAAGUCAUUAUCGUCCCCACAUCAGAGCAGACCAGAGAAGACAAAUUAAUACUUGACCUCAAGAGCCUGAACUGCUCUGGUGAGCUUCUGGAGUCUGUGGAGAAAUUCCUCUCGUAAGACCCAGAGAAUCCUCUUCUUUACGUUUGUGUUUGACUAAAGACGUUUGAGAACCACAGUCUUCCGCUGAGUUUUCACAUCAGCAUUUUAGUUGACGAAGCAAUUGGACCAUGUUACUUUGCUGCUAACAAUGAAUCGGAAGAACUAGUUAUGAUGUUAUGCUUUCACCCAUCAAAUACGCUUCAACUUCACACUUCAGCCACAGUAGACGUAGCUGGAAGAGACACAACCACUGUGCACAUUAUGAUGAGAUAUUUUGCUCUUUAAUGAAGAAUGUUCUUACAGAUAUGCAUGACACACAUCACAAUGAAACCAAAAACAUUUCACUAAAGGAGUGUUCUGGGUUCAAUACAGGUUGAGCAUUGACUCAUUUUUGAUUGUCGAUUACUAUAGAAAAUUGUGACAGCAGACACUGCAGUUACUGCAAUUUUUUUAAGCAAACAUAAUUUUAUUUUUGUUAAAAAACUGAAUAAUUCAGUCUGUCCUUUUUUUGUUGUUGUUGUUGGCUUCUCAUGCAUUAUCAAAGUAGUUGUGAGUAGAUUUUGCUGCAUGCAAAUGUUCCCAUGUUUGACAGCAUUUUGCAAUCAUAACACUUAAGUUAUUUAAUGCAUAAUAUACUUUUACACUGACGAUGUUUAUACUGUAAGUGAUUUUGCCACAAUAGUCUCACGUGAACAUGUAUCGUGUAUUUACAAGUGAGGUCAAAAGUUUACAUACACCUUGCAGAAUCUGCAACAUGUUUUUUAUUUUACCAAAAAAAUAAGAGAUUAUACAAAAUGCAUGCUAUUUUUUAUGUAGUACUGACCUGAAUAAAAUAUUUCACAUAAAAGUCCACAAGAGAAAAUAACAGUUGAAUUUAUAAAAAUACCCCCAUUCAAAAGUUUACAUAUGUUUUGAUUCUUAAUGCUGUGUUGUUACUUGAAUGAUCCACAGCUGUGUUAUUUUGUUUAGUGAUAGCUGUUCAUGCGUCCCUUGUUUAUCCUAAACAGUUAAACUGCCUGCUGUUCUUCUUGAGAAAAAUCUCACAAAUUCUGUGGCUUUUCAGCAUUUUUGUGUAUUUGAACCCUUUCCAUCAAUGACUGUAUGAUUUGAGAUCCAUCUUUUCACACUGAGGUACUCAUGUGCAACUAUUAUAGAAGGUUCAAACGCUCACAAUGCAUUAAGAAAUGAGGGGUGAAAACUUUUGAAGAUCAGGGUAAAUUUAAGGGAAGACACUGCAGGCAAAAACAAAGUUUUUUCAUGCACCUGUCAGUUUUGAGAUUUUGGGCUUUUUGGUUUUUCCAAAAGUGUUUUUUCGGACUAGUGGAAAGAAAACACCAAAAGACAGUUGUGUUUCUUUUAUAGCACUUUAUCUAUUUGUGUAAAUAAAUUUCAUUUACAAUAGAUAUUUUUAAAGGCUGUUUUCUCAAAAUGAGUUUUUUUCUCCUAGACAUAAAUCUCCACUUUAGUAGCACUUACACACACCAAACUUUACAUUUUUAUUCCUGUCUAAAUCCUGAAGGUUUUCACAGUGAAAUUUGUUCAUAUAU